GAAUGGGAUGGUUAUAUUAUCUGUUGUCAAUGUUUUUGUGUGCGUUCAUGGGUGACUUUCAAAGAUAAGCAUUAUAAAAUAUAUUGCUUUCUUAUACUCAAAUGUUGUCUCUUUCGCUUCUAUUUCACGUUUUAUGAUACAUACUAUGACCCAUGUUCAAAACAAUAA